AUGAAUUAUCAAUUGUCACAGGUUGAAAAUGAACAAAGUGACAUAUAUAUUGAAUCAUAAAUUGAUGAAUAUAAAAAACACUUUCAAAUGGAUUGCUAUGCUCUGGAAGAUAAGGUGCAAUUUUACAACUUAAACAUGAAUGAACCACUAGACAUGAAAUCUCCUUCCGAAACUAUUCAAGAGUUCAUAUUCACUGAAGAGAAAUUGGAAGUAUAAGGAAAAGGAUUAUUUAAUACUUCGUUAAAUUAACAUAAAUUAAUCAAUAUUAAGCUACUUGAUUUAUCUAAAUGCAAACUCCAUUAAAUACCAGAAGAUGUGAAAUAAAUGAUCAAUUUGUAAAAAGUGUAUUUGAGUUAUAAUAUGUUGAUAACAUUGCCUCAUUUUUUGGAAUCCUUAACAUUCUUAGAGGUGCUAGAUUUAUCUUACAAUUAAAUACAAAUUUACAAUGUCCAUCUGAAACGUUUAAUGUAAUUAAAUCUUGCAAGCAAUUAAAUUAAGUAACCAUAUUUUGGGAAUUUGAAUGUGCUUUGUAUUUAGAUGAAUCCAAUCACAUAACUGCCUCAUCAAUUUCAUAAUGCCUUGAGAAAUUUGAAUCAAUUAGAAUUUGAUUGGUUUAAGUAUUGCAAACCUCCUUUGCCAUUGAAACUAAACUUUAAGAAAUACCCUUGGGUUUAAGAGAAAUUAAUAAAUUCGCUCUCGAAAUAACCUUUGAGUUUCUAGGAAUUCAUCUAGUUGUUAAGUCAGAAUUAAUAGAACUUUAGUACUACUGAUUACAAGGAGAGAAACUUGUUUUGUUAAGCAGGCAUCAAUGAUGAAAUAGGAGUUUUGUAUUGCUUAAAUUAGAUCAUACCUUAGGAUAUCAACAAAACUGAUUUCGAUAAUUAUACGCCUUUGUCAGUUUGUUAUGCCGAAGGCAAAAUGAGAUCAGUGAGCAUAUUAAAGGCUUUUGGCGGUAGAUUUUCAUUGAAUAGCAUUCAUUGCAUGAGUCAAAGAGCUGAUGUGUAGAAUUUAAAGUUUCUUUUAGGAAUAAAGGAACAUGUUCACUUUUCAUUAAGAGCUUCUAACAGUUUACAUCCAAUCAACCAGGAGUCCUUAGUGAUGUUAAGAAAUAUUGAUGGAAAUACUCCAAUGCAUUAAUUAAUGAUGAAUUUCGAUAAGCAUGAAUUUAGUUCAGAAUUUGCCUUGAUUCUAUUGAUGUUUGGAGCAGAUCCAAAUGCUGAAAAUUAUGAAGGUUUCACUCCUUUGGAGAUGGCUAUCAAGAAAUAAUAAGUCAAAGGACUUAAAUUUGGGAAUGAUUUCAAUAUGUCAAAUAAUGUAGAAUAUUUGAAUAAAAGAUUUUUUGAUUUUUCGCAUUAAUCAACUAUCACAGGUAAUGGUAUGUGCCAUACAGCUGCAACGGUUGGAAAUCUUGAAAUCUUAGAGUUUCUGAUUUCAAUUAAUGCUGACUACUUCUCUAUUAGUAAAUCAAACAAAUUACCAAGAGGUUUGGCUAUUCAAAGUUUAGUAGCUUUGAAGAAUAUUCGAAAGUUAGAGAAAAGAUAUAUUUUAAAUAAUGUGAUUCGAGAGAAAUCUCUCCUAGAAUAAUAAGAAAAAAAUGUAUAUUAAAUGAGGCAUUAAAUUGAAAAAAAUAUGGUUUAAAGGCAUCAUAACAUGAUCUAAAAAUUUGUAGACUAAGUGGAGAUUGAUGAUUCAUAAUCAAUGGAAAGCUAUAAUGAUUUUAGUCUUCAAGUUGGAAGUGAAUGUUCAGUGAGAGAGACAGUUGCUGAAUCUACUCCCAUAUUUAAGAAAUAAUAAAAUCUCUAAAAAGAAGCUUUUUCUUCUGUGCAAUAGAACGUUUAGUAAUUAUUAAACAUUGAAUUUUCUGAUCAUUAUCCUGACAUUUUAAAAUUGUUAAGAAAUGGUAACAUUGACACAGCAAUAAAAAAAUUGGAGAAUAUAUUGCAAUACGAAUUAAUCUGUGUAUCAGAAAGAUUCAAAUAUAAAAAUCAAUUAUCUUUGCUAAAAUUAAAAUUCAAACAAAAAAAUGUUGAAUUAAAAUCAAGAAUUGGUUAGGAUGUAUAAUUACUAUUAAAUGAAUAUUAAUUUAAGUAAUUAAAAACAGACCUUAGAAAUAAGUACUUCAAAAAUGUUUAGAGCAUAUUAAAUAACUAAAAUGAAAUGGAAAUUUCUAAAGCAUUAAACAUAGUCUCCAGACAACAAAUUAUAUGCUCAUCAUUCAACUUAAAUCGGGAUCUAUAAGUUUAAGAUCUGUCUCUGAUAUCUGAUCUUAGAAACAAACUGAGUGCAAACCUAGUUUAUGAUAUAAAUAACUAUGCAACUCACUUAUUUUCUUCAUAAAGUUAACUAUAUCUGUGGCUUUAUAGUUGCUUUUCAAAAAAAGAAAAAAUCUUAGUCAAAACUAGCUUUUUUAAUCUAUAAAAUUAUGAAUAUCUUUAAUAGAUGAAAUUUAAAAAGAAGAGAGUUAUCGUUGGAAAACCAGAUGAUUUGGCAAUUGAUAAAGACAUUUCGGAUUUAAAUUCUGUUCCAAUCAACUAAAUCAUCAGUAAUAAUAAUCUGUUUUGUAACACUAAAAGAAAUUGA